AUGACUAGUGGUUUCCAGUCUUUACUUAAUUAUGAUUGGUAUACAUUUUCAUCAUCAUCAUCAUCAUCAUCAUCAUCAUCAUCAUCAUCAUCAUCAUCAUCAUCAUCAUCAUCAUCAUCAUCAUCAUCAUCAUCAUCAUCAUCAUCAUCAUCAUCAUCAUCAUCAUCAUCAUCAUCAUCAUCAUCAUCAUCAUCAUCAUCAUCAUCAUCAUCAUCAUCAUCAUCAUCAUCAUCAUCAUCAUCAUCAUCAUCAUCAUCAUCAUCAUCAUCAUCAUCAUCAUCAUCAUCAUCAUCAUCAUCAUCAUCAUCAUCAUCAUCAUCAUCAUCAUCAUCAUCAUCAUCAUCAUCAUCAUCAUCAUCAUCAUCAUCAUCAUCAUCAUCAUCAUCAUCAUCAUCAUCAUCAUCAUCAUCAUCAUCAUCAUCAUCAUCAUCAUCAUCAUCAUCAUCAUCAUCAUCAUCAUCAUCAUCAUCAUCAUCAUCAUCAUCAUCAUCAUCAUCAUCAUCAUCAUCAUCAUCAUCAUCAUCAUCAUCAUCAUCAUCAUCAUCAUCAUCAUCAUCAUCAUCAUCAUCAUCAUCAUCAUCAUCAUCAUCAUCAUCAUCAUCAUCAUCAUCAUCAUCAUCAUCAUCAUCAUCAUCAUCAUCAUCAUCAUCAUCAUCAUCAUCAUCAUCAUCAUCAUCAUCAUCAUCAUCAUCAUCAUCAUCAUCAUCAUCAUCAUCAUCAUCAUCAUCAUCAUCAUCAUCAUCAUCAUCAUCAUCAUCAUCAUCAUCAUCAUCAUCAUCAUCAUCAUCAUCAUCAUCAUCAUCAUCAUCAUCAUCAUCAUCAUCAUCAUCAUCAUCAUCAUCAUCAUCAUCAUCAUCAUCAUCAUCAUCAUCAUCAUCAUCAUCAUCAUCAUCAUCAUCAUCAUCAUCAUCAUCAUCAUCAUCAUCAUCAUCAUCAUCAUCAUCAUCAUCAUCAUCAUCAUCAUCAUCAUCAUCAUCAUCAUCAUCAUCAUCAUCAUCAUCAUCAUCAUCAUCAUCAUCAUCAUCAUCAUCAUCAUCAUCAUCAUCAUCAUCAUCAUCAUCAUCAUCAUCAUCAUCAUCAUCAUCAUCAUCAUCAUCAUCAUCAUCAUCAUCAUCAUCAUCAUCAUCAUCAUCAUCACAUCAUCAUCAUCAUCAUCAUCAUCAUCAUCAUCAUCAUCAUCAUCAUCAUCAUCAUCAUCAUCAUCAUCAUCAUCAUCAUCAUCAUCAUCAUCAUCAUCAUCAUCAUCAUCAUCAUCAUCAUCAUCAUCAUCAUCAUCAUCAUCAUCAUCAUCAUCAUCAUCAUCAUCAUCAUCAUCAUCAUCAUCAUCAUCAUCAUCAUCAUCAUCAUCAUCAUCAUCAUCAUCAUCAUCAUCAUCAUCAUCAUCAUCAUCAUCAUCAUCAUCAUCAUCAUCAUCAUCAUCAUCAUCAUCAUCAUCAUCAUCAUCAUCAUCAUCAUCAUCAUCAUCAUCAUCAUCAUCAUCAUCAUCAUCAUCAUCAUCAUCAUCAUCAUCAUCAUCAUCAUCAUCAUCAUCAUCAUCAUCAUCAUCAUCAUCAUCAUCAUCAUCAUCAUCAUCAUCAUCAUCAUCAUCAUCAUCAUCAUCAUCAUCAUCAUCAUCAUCAUCAUCAUCAUCAUCAUCAUCAUCAUCAUCAUCAUCAUCAUCAUCAUCAUCAUCAUCAUCAUCAUCAUCAUCAUCAUCAUCAUCAUCAUCAUCAUCAUCAUCAUCAUCAUCAUCAUCAUCAUCAUCAUCAUCAUCAUCAUCAUCAUCAUCAUCAUCAUCAUCAUCAUCAUCAUCAUCAUCAUCAUCAUCAUCAUCAUCAUCAUCAUCAUCAUCAUCAUCAUCAUCAUCAUCAUCAUCAUCAUCAUCAUCAUCAUCAUCAUCAUCAUCAUCAUCAUCAUCAUCAUCAUUAUCAUUAUCAUCAUCAUCAUCAUCAUCAUCAUCAUCAUCAUCAUACACAUAUUUCUCUUUAUUAA